UCUGCCCCAGCCGACUGUGAGACAGAAAUAGGAAGGAAGGACUGGGGUGCGUUGCAAAGCUUCCCCAUGCCCGGCUGCUUUUCCCAGCCAAGCUUGAGAAGCUGAGACCAUCCUCAUCCCAACCCAAGCACAGGUUGGAGGAGGGAGCUUGAUGCGAGAAAAUGUUGCGCAACUGCUGCCUCCAGCUGCCGGUGGUGACCUCGGUGCUGCUGCUGGUGACGACGGCCUCUGCCACAGAGUGCCCCAAGAUCAAGGUGGGGACGUGCAACGACUGCAUCCAGUCUGGUCCUGACUGUGCCUGGUGCAAGAAGCCGGGUUUCACCAAAGCUGGUGAGCCAGACUCUGUCCGCUGCGACACUGUGGAGCAGCUGCAGCAGAGGGGAUGCCCGCAGGAUGAGAUUCAGUUUCCAACCAGCAACGUUACGAGGACACAGAACAGUCCCUUAAGCAGCGACAUACAGCUGAGUCCCCAGGCUGUGCACCUGAAACUGCGGAUAGGCCAGCCCGCUGUUUUCGAGGUGAAAUUUCGCCGUGCCAUGGGGUACCCCAUCGAUCUCUACUACCUCAUGGACCUGUCCUACUCCAUGCUGGAUGACCUGGAGAAGGUGAAGAAGCUGGGAGGGGAGCUGCUCAGAGCCUUGGAGAGCACUACCCCUUCUCGACGCAUAGGGUUUGGCUCCUUCGUGGACAAGACAGUGCUGCCCUUCGUGAACACGCACCCGGAGAAGCUGCAGAACCCCUGCCCCAACAAGGACACUCCAUGCCAGCCUCCCUUCGCCUACAAGCACAUCCUCUCGCUGACUGAUGAUGCCAAGAAGUUCGAGAGUGAAGUGGGGAAGCAGUUCAUCUCGGGCAACCUGGAUGCCCCAGAGGGAGGGCUGGAUGCCAUGAUGCAGGCAGCGGUGUGCGGGGACUUGAUUGGCUGGCGCAACGUGACCCGCUUGCUGGUGUACGCUACCGACGACGGCUUCCACUUUGCUGGUGAUGGCAAGCUUGGGGCCAUCCUGACACCCAAUGACGGCCAGUGCCACUUGGAGGACAACAUGUACAAAAAGAGCAAUGAGUUUGACUACCCAUCUGUUGGCCAGCUGGUCCAGAAACUUGCUGAAAACAACAUUCAGCCCAUUUUUGCUGUUACCAGUAAGAUGGUGGAUGUUUACAAGAAACUCAGUGAGAUGAUCCCAAAGUCAGCAGUGGGAGAGCUGAACGAGGACUCCAGCAACAUCGUUGAACUCAUCCAGGAAGCCUACAAUAACCUCUCCUCACGGAUCAUCCUGGAACACGGCACCCUGCCAGAUGUCCUGGAGGUCAAAUAUGACUCUAUAUGCAGUCAGGGCAAUGUCAUCUCGGAUGAAGCCAGAGGGCAGUGUGACAACGUCAAGAUCAAUGAAGAGAUCACCUUCAGAGUGAAGGUCACAGCCAAGAAGUGCAUCAAAAGCCAGUCCUUCACCAUCCGGCCCCUGGGCUUCACAGACACCCUCACUGUCCACCUGGACAGCAACUGCAACUGCAGCUGCGACGAACAGCCCGACCCGACCGCCUGCAGUGGGAAAGGCAGUGUCGUCUGCGGAAUCUGCAGCUGCAACCCCGGCUACAUGGGGAAGAACUGCGAGUGCGAAACCAAAGGCAAGACCAGCAAGGAGCUGGAGGGCAGCUGCAGGAGGGACAACAGCUCGGUCAUCUGCUCGGGGCUGGGGGACUGCGUGUGCGGGGAGUGCAUCUGCCACACCAGCGACGUGCCCGACAGGAAGAUCUACGGCCCCUACUGCGAGUGCGACAACAUGAACUGCGAGUUUUUCAACGGCUCCCUCUGCGGCGGCAAAGACCGCGGGACGUGCAACUGUGGGGAGUGCGAGUGCAAGCCCGAGUUCCAGGGCAGUGCCUGCCAGUGCAAGAAGUCCACGGAGAACUGCUUGAACAGCCGCAAGAACGUGUGCAGCCUCCGUGGGACCUGCCACUGCAACCGCUGCCAGUGCCGGGGGCAGUACCAGCCCCCCUUCUGCCUGGAGUGCCCCAGCUGCCCCUCUCCCUGUGACAGAUACGUCUCCUGCGUGGAGUGCAAGGCCUUCGAGAGCGGCCCCUUCGCGAAGAACUGCACCCAGGCCUGCCCCAACAUCCGGACGGCUGAGGAAUCGACGGAGGAGAGCAAGCAGUGCAAGGAGAAGGACUCCAACAACUGCUGGAUCUCCUUCCGCAUGGUCCAGGAUGACGGCGAGGAGAUGUACACUGUCAUCGUCGACUCUAACAAAGAGUGCCCGGAACCUCCCAACAUUGCACUGAUCGUGGGAGGCACAGUUGCUGGUGUGGCCCUCAUUGGCCUGGUGCUCCUGCUGAUCUGGCGGCUCUUGAUGGAGCUGUUUGACCGCCGGGAAUAUCGCCGGUUUGAGAAGGAGAAGUCCAAGGCCAAGUGGAAUGAUGCUGAUAACCCCCUCUUCAAGAGUGCCACCACCACGGUCGUGAACCCCAGGUUCAACGGGGAAUGAAUUGGAGCAACACCUGGCAGCACUAGGACUCACCAUUAAAUAAUGAAACGCCAAGCUAAGGAAAACUCAGACUAUGGGUCCCACCUCCUCUCCUUUCUCCUGUUGAUUUGUUCCCUUCUUCCAAGAGGCCACCAGCAUAUCAGGUACUGGCUGAGGUGCCGCACCUUGCCUGUCUCCUUGUGCAGCGCUCAACAAUUGGAUUAGUGGAGCUGGGAGAAAGGAACAGCUGCAGCUUUGCUGUGGAUGGGACUGCAGAGCAGGUCUCACCAGCGGACGCAGGCAGCAGCUUCCAUACUGACUGUCUCAACUCUUGAUGCUAGCUUUGCCUUCUGGCAGGAGCUUUGGACACCAACUCCUAAAAUCAGCUGCAUGCACAGAGUGCUUCCAGCCUUGAUUUGGAGCUGGGAUUUCAAACCUGCCAUCUCUCUUCUGCUGCAGCAGGCUCUAUGCCCAGGCUGCUCCAUGCCUUCCCCUGCCAUGCCGGUCUCCACCAUUAAAGCACUCACUGCCAAGCUGGACAUGGAGGGUUCUCCAGGCUGGUGGUCUGCUCUGCAGUGAGGUGAUGGGCCCUAAGGACUAGUGAGCACCUGUACCUACAGAUGAAGAGCAGCUGGGGAAUAUGCACUGAAUCUUUUUUGCAAACCAUCAACUGCUCCCCAGUGUUGCUCCCCUCUCAGACCUACCUUGGGUGUGGUUCUACUUGGGCUCCUGCAAGCUUGGCUCACCUCUGCCGGUCUUUGGGCCCUCUUCAUGACGAGGAGACAAAGGAGAAACUAUUUGAACUAUGAAAUGCUGUCACCAAGCAAGUGAAACAUUGCCUGCAGCUCAGAGCUCUUCCACAGCUUCUUGCACCACCCCUAGGGCUCUUUUCACUGCUCUGCAAGUGCAUCAGACACCCCAAGGGCCAGGCGUGCAAAAAGUGCAGCAGUAUCCAGAGCAUCUCCAGCUCAGCACUUUUCCAAAACAUGCACAGCAGCUAAUUGCUCUUAUGUUGUGGGAUCAUUCCUGGGAAAUAGCGGUACAAUUCCUUAUUUGCUUUAAGUCUGGGAAAAAUUUGCAGAUACCUGCAUUAUGUCACAUCUUCAUUUGCUCUUUGAAGACGUUUAACAUUAAUAAAAUUUAAUAUAUAAAGUAAA